GAUCAACUAAAGCAUACAAAGUGUAAUCCAUUUAUCUAAGUUCAUUUAUUUUCAUUUUUCUUCUUGAUAACAAAGAGACUCGCAUAGACAAUAGGUUAAAAGGCACAUCAACUGAUGAAGCUUCCCAGAACGGUCACAUUUCAAUUUCAUUUCCCGACAACAUGAGCAGCACGAAUCAAUCAAAAACUAAAGAGAUUCGCAUAGACGUGAGGUUAGAGGGCAUAUCAACUGAUAAAGCUUCCCAAAACGGUCUCAUUUCAAUUUCAUUUCCAGACAACAUGAGCAGCACGGAUCAAUCAAAAACUAAAGUUAUGCCAACACCAGAGAUCAAUGAAGAGCAUCGAUCAUUGUUUCAAGCCGUAGUGAAAGGUCAAUGGAAAGCUGCUGAGCAAAUCCUUGAUAGAGAUCGCAAAGUAAUGAUGGAAAAUGUCAUGACUGUAGGAAAUAAAUCCGUUAGUGUGCUUGAAUUUGCGGUUAUGGCCGCACAAGAUCACUAUCCAUUGGUCGAGAAGCUCAUCGACUCGGUCGACUCGAUCGACUCGGUCCACUUGGUCCACUCGGUCCACUCGGUCCACUCUGAUCCAACAUACAAAGAAUCCAUUUUGAGGAGUGCCCUCUACGAUGCUGCCCGAAGAGGAAGCAUAACGAUGUUCAAGAAAACAAAGCUGGUUCCGAAUAUAAAAUUGUAG